GGGGCCGUUGGAUAUUGAACAGUGGACGAUCCGAAGCAUAUCGGUUUGGUAGAAACGCGCGGAAAGCGAGUACAAGAGUUCCGUUUCAGGGCGGCAAAAGCGGCAUUUUUCGCUCGCUUUCCCGAUCGGAGGUCGAUACAGAGGCGGAGGAGAAGCGAUGGGACUUCUCUCGAACAGGAUUGGGAAGGGGAGUCUGAAGCCAGGAGAUCAUAUCUACUCGUGGCGAACAGCGUAUAUCUAUGCUCACCACGGCAUAUAUGUGGGUGAUGAUAAGGUCAUCCACUUCACCAGAGGUCGAGGCCAAGAGGUGGGAACUGGAACUGUUCUUGAUGUUUUUCUAACUAGUUCCGGGCCUAAACAAAGCCUAGCACCCUGCACAAAGUGUGCCCACCGAUCGUCAGAUUCCCGUGGAGUGAUCUCUUCUUGCCUUGAGUGUUUCCUUGCCGGUGGUGUUCUAUAUCGUUUUGCGUAUGGCAUUAAUCCUGCGCUCUUUCUUGCUAAAGCCCGGGGCGGCACUUGCACUCUUGCGGGGUCUGAUCCAGAUGAAAUGGUCAUCCAUCGAGCUAACCACCUACUUAACAAUGGCUUCAGAUGCUACAGCUUGUUCAAAAGUAACUGUGAGGAUUUUGCCAUAUAUUGCAAGACAGGCCUUCUUGUCGCAGAGCGAGGAGUUGUGGGACAAAGUGGACAGGCAAUAUCAGCAAUAGGCGGACCACUUGCUGCCGUCCUAUCAACGCCUCUCCGCCUCAUCACGACUAAUGUGUAUGGAAUGGCGGUUACUGCCGUCGGAGUUUACUGUGCUAGCCGGUUUGCUGCCGACAUCGGCAACCGUUUAGAUGUGGUAAAGAUUCCUGUCGAAGAACUCACAGCAGGACUUGCAUCUGGAAAGGUUCAGGUGGUGGAGGAUAAGAUUAAGGCUGGUGCUAAAUAACAUUCUGGUGAUCACCAUAUGGAACACAUCGAGUAGUCUCCUAAAGACAUCCAAUAAAAUUGAAACGAUAUAGAUACAGAGCGUAUCACUUAUUCAUGGAACUAAUUGAUGUUCAUCACACAUUAUGUUGCUGUUGUGGCCUUAUAUCUGAUUAAUGUAUGGAAGUCGGGCACAUUGACAGCCAUUGGCAGGAAAUAUAUUCGAAGCUUAUUGAUUGAGA